AACUUGAGGCUGUGAAAAAGGCACCAUUACUUUUCAACUCUCCAUCGCAGCUACCCAUCUCCUCCCUAUCAGAUUCCACCACCAUGGCCGCCGCCACCGGAGCCUCCUUCUUCGCCACUCCCUUAAGGGGUUCACGGUCCAAGCACUGGCUCUCUGAUUCUCUUCUCGCAACCCCAUCCACCCAAGUUUUGCCCAUAUUGUCCCGCUCUCAAGCCAUUGAAUCGGCUCCGCUAAGAGCUUUCUCGGAGAGGGGGCGGCCGGUUUUGAUCAUCUCGGCCGCCGUUGUGCAAGGAGAGACGGCUGUGACGGCGGGGGUUGAAGAGGGUGUGGAGGAGGAUACGGCGGAGAAGGGAGGAGGGGAGGCGGUGGAUGGUGGUUCUCCAGUGGAGUCUGGGAGUACUAAGCUGUAUUUUGGGAACCUGCCUUAUAGUGUUGACAGUUCCCAGCUCGCCGCUAUCGUUCAGGAUUAUGGAGUCGCCGAGCUUAUUGAGGUGGGAACAUACUUCGUUGGGCAGUACUAUCAGGUUCUUCAGCAGCAACCUGACUAUGUUUAUCAGUUCUAUUCUGAUGCCAGUACUAUGAUUCGUAUUGAUGGCAAUUUCAGAGAGACCGCCACUGCAAUGCUGCAAAUUCAUGCACUUGUUAUGUCACUUAGUUAUACCGGGAUUGAGAUCAAGACUGCACAUUCACUAGAAUCGUGGAAUGGUGGUGUUCUUGUGAUGGUUUCUGGCUCUGUUCAAAUGAAGAAUCUCAAUCGAAUGAGAAAAUUUGUGCAAACUUUUUUUCUUGCACCCCAAGAGAAAGGCUAUUUUGUUCUGAAUGAUAUCUUUCACUUUGUUGAUGAGGAGCCAGUGCACCAUUAUCCAGCGGUCUUAUUAAGUCAGAGCAAUUUGGAUUCCACCUUAAAUGCUCCUACCACGGUUCCAGAGACAGUGCCCAAUUACUCACUCAAUGGAGCAGUCCAGGCGCGAGAGUUUGCAGCCCCUGUUGUCAAAGAAAAUGGUCACAUCGAUAACCACAAGUUUGUAGAGCAGCAAGUGCAGCAAGUUCCAGAGCCUAAGAGCAUUAUUGAGGAAAAUACAGCAGAACCAAUUUCUAUGCAUCAGAAUGCAUCAACUGUUUCACAAGAUCAUUUUCCUGUUUCUGUUGAAGAACAGUCUGAGGAGCCCCAAAAGCAUACAUAUGCUUCAAUUCUAAGAGUUGCUAAAGGACAAGAUGUUCCUGCUCCUGUUGCUGCUCCUCAAUAUCCUGUUAGUAAGGGCACACCACCUGCUUCCGAGCAAAACUACACUCCACCUCCCACCAGUCAGCAAGCAACUUCAGCUCCCCAAAAUAACUCUGAAAGGGAACAGACGGGAGGGGAGUCCCCAUCUAUGGAUGAUGAAGGUGAAAUAAAGUCUGUUUAUGUAAGAAACUUGCCAUCCACCGUGUCUGCUUCAGAGGUUGAGGAGGAAUUCAAGCAUUUUGGCAAACUUAGUUCUGACGGGGUGGUUAUUAGGAGUCGCAAGGAUGUUGGUUUUUGCUAUGCGUUUGUCGAAUUCGAAGACAUCACUGGUGUCCAAAAUGCAGUCAAGGCGGGUACUGCCCAGGUUGCUGGUCGUCAAGUAUACAUCGAGGAGCGGAGAGCAAAUAGCAACAUCCCACACCGGGGGGGAAGAAGGGGUAGAGGAAGAGGGAGCUAUCACACCGAGUCUUCGAAGGGGCAUUAUGGUUCUCGCAGUUACAGUUACAAUAUGGGAGUUCGAGAUGGAAGUGACCGUGAGUACAUCAGACCGAGGGGGAAUGGCUUCUAUCGACCUACUACUCGACAGGAGAAAGGGAACAUAAGCCACCAAGUAACAGGAAAUGGAGAAACUCCAUCAGAGUCAUCAUAGCUCGUUUAGCAAAGCAAAAGUUUUGGUUCUAGCAUUUAUCAGCUCAGCAGAGGCACACUCACCUUACUUUGAAGAAUAAUUUGAGUCAGUUUAAAGCUGUUUGUCUAUGGGAAUAUGAAUUGCAUUAUUUAUUCCAUUGAGUUUCUUGAUUCAAGAACAUUUCAUGAAACUCUUUGUUUUUGCCUGUGGUACGCUUAAUUAUAAUAUUCAUUAUUUUAGAUAUAAUCCAAUUUUGUCUCA